AUUGUCCGAUGAGUAUAGUUUAUGCGAGGCACUUGCAAAUAAUCGGUGCGUCCAGCGAUUAUCGGGGGGGGGAAGAAAAAAAAGAGAAAAAAAGAAAAGGAAAUAUCGCGGUUUGUCUCGGCAUCUAUCGUCAAGGCAUUUGUUGAUACAGUAUCUUUUUUUUUUCUGUCUCGAUCAGGGUGAUUUCGUCUCGGUAAUGGUCUGUAAUCCCUGGUGCGUGCCGUAAUCAUGAAUAAGAGGAUCAUCAACGCGACAUCACUCGAAUAUCAUGAACAUAGUAGCAGUGUGAUUUAAGAAAUGGAAAAUUAAAUUAAGAAACAACAGUGGGCAAAUGAUUUUUAUACUCCGUUAGUUUUUGCGCGAACGAUCGGCCGACUGUUGUUGCGUGCCUGAAGCCGUGCGGCGAUAACAGUUUCUGAACGCAGAGCUCAGCAUGGUGAUACGAUUAUAAUUACCAAUUCACAGCAUCUCAUGUUGCACUUGCUCAUGUUUGCUCAACUUCGCAAAGAUACUUACGACUGUCUGUCCUUAUGAGUAUCUUUUGAAGUACAGUGGAAGUAAUAAUCUGUUAAUUUUACUCAAAGGAGGAUGCCAGUAACUAAACGUAUUCCAUGCCUUUCGCGGCUUAGGAAUACUAGGCUUAGGAAUAUGAUACAAUGUACAACGAACAUAAACAUUGGGCCACAUUUCAUAAUGAUGAGAAAUGAAAAAAGGCAAAGAUCUGACGGCGGUAGCAGUGAAAGUCCAUUACUUGUGGAAGAAGAAGAAACAGUUGGUGCACCUCACAGUCCACGCAGCAAACAUAAUCACAAUCAUACACAUGCUAACCCUCAUAGGUCCCAUAGUUAUCGCCAUGAAAAACCAAAACAGUUAAUAAAAUAUGGAGAAUUAGUUAUUCUUGGUUACAAUGGAUUCCUCCCGCACGGAGAUAGAGGAAGAAGAAGAAGUAAGUUCGUUUUGCUUAAACGGCCUGUAGCGAAUGGCGUGAAACGCAGUAAACAUUACAUCGUUAAAACACCUCAUAGUUCACAAGCUAUUCUUAAUACAAAGCAACAUUCGAUAUCGUAUACUCUUUCUCGAACACAAGCCGUUAUUGUGGAAUAUACCGAAGAUGAGGAAACUGACAUGUUUCAGGUUGGACGUUCUUCUGAAUCUCCUAUCGAUUUUGUCGUCAUGGACACAUGUGCAGGUGGUGGCGAUAAUACUAACGAGGGACGUGUUGCUCAAAGUACAAUUAGUAGGUUUGCCUGUCGAAUUCUGGCCGACCGAUCAGACCCUAAGAUUGCGAGAAUAUACGCCGCAGGUUUUGACAGUUCGAGAAAUAUCUUCUUAGGGGAAAAAGCAACAAAAUGGCAAGAAAAUCGCGAGAUCGAUGGACUCACGACAAAUGGCGUUUUAAUAAUGCAUCCACGGGGGCAGUUUUGCGGUGGUGAAGCGCAGUGUGGUUUCUGGAGAGAAGUCAGCGUAGGCGGAGGUGUUUUUUCACUAAGGGAAAGUCGAAGUGCCCAACAAAAAGGGAACGUCGUAGAAGAUGAGAACAAUAUUUUGCAAGAUGGAACUUUAAUCGAUCUCUGUGGUGCCACGUUACUUUGGAGAUCGGCCGAAGGUCUAGCAAAGUCACCAACAAAGCACGAUUUGGAAGAACUGGUCGACGCUAUAAAUGCGGGAAGACCACAAUGCCCAGUUGGUUUAAAUACACUAGUUAUACCACGUAAAGCAGCUGCCGAUUCAGCGCAACAGCAACCAUAUGUUUAUUUAAAAUGUGGACAUGUACAAGGUCACCACGAUUGGGGUCAAGAAAAAGACAAAGCCACAAGAAGAUGCCCAAUGUGUUUAGUAGCUGGUUCAGUAGUUAAACUCUCUAUGGGUAUCGAACCUGCAUUUUACGUUGAUUGUGGCCCGCCUACUUAUGCAUUUAGGCCUUGUGGACAUAUGGCUACAGAGAAAACUGUUAAAUAUUGGGAGAAAGUUGCAAUUCCACAUGGUACAAACGGUUAUAUUGCAAUUUGUCCGUUUUGCGCAAUCCCUCUCGAAGGAACGCCAGGAUACGUUAAACUGAUUUUCCAAGAUAAUGUAGAUUGAGGUUCGUUUAUUGUAAGGUCGUGAGUAUGUGUAGAAACCAUUAACUUCUUAUAAAAUGCAAGGACUACCGAAAUUAAUAAAAUGUAAAUAAUCUUAAUGCAAAUAUAUAUAUAUAUAUAUUCAUAUAAGUAAAUAAAUUAAUAAAUAUAUAUAUAUAUAUAUAUAUAUAUAUAUAUAUAUAUAUAUAUAUUUAUUAUAUAUAUAUAUAUAUAUAUAUAUUUAUUAUAUAUAUAUAUAUAUAUAUAAUAAAGUUUUGUCUUCUUCCUUCGAAUAUAAAUUUAAGCAAAACUUUUGUAUGUACAAAUAGCUCUGCAAUAAUUAUUAUGUACAUGGCUCUUAAAAUAAAUAUCCCUUCUUAAACAGUAUUCAUUACAUAAGGUUUUUAAUUUUCAAAGUUCCAAUAUUACAUCCUUAUUUUCUAUCUGUUAUAUUUUAUGAAGAAAAUUCUCCUAUUUUCUUUCUUUAUACGAUUUGAAUUUUUAAAUUUGUGAAAUGUAAGGUUGUGAGAAAAUGUAUAGCUGCAAUACUUGAACCAAUAAUUAUUUAAACGUAUAUAUUUCUGAACAUAUUUUCAUUUUUUAUACUUAUAUAAUAAUCACAUAAAAUGUAAUUAUGUUAUAAAUAUGUAACAUUUCCAAAUGCGAAGUUACAUCUGAACUAUCCUUAUGUACACGAAAUAGCAACUAGACUUAAAAAUAUAGUCGGUAUAUCAAGAUCAAAUAGAAUAAGUAUGUUAGUAUAUUAAUAUCUAAUAAAUUCAUACCUGCUUUUUUUUUACACUGACAGGCGAAUAUAUCUAGUUUUACACAAAGAUAUUUUCGAAAUAUUGGUGUUUCUAGUAAAUUGCGACGGACAAUGUACAAAUCUUACUUUGCAUUAUCGAAGAAAAAGUUCUAUUGAAAAAAUUAUGUUCGGUAGACGCGA